AUGCAAAAUCCAGAAAUCGCAUUUAUUUCCGGUCCUAUCGAUACUGGACCACACGAAUCGUACUUCACUCACUACGUCCCACUCAUCAAUCAGGCAAUCUCUCGCGGCGACGACUUUGUGCUCGGCCCCAUCCCAACAGGAGUCGACGCAGAUGCCCUAUCCUAUCUACUUGCAUACCCCGUGUCACCCACUCGCAUUACCAUAUGUGUGACCCCCGCCGAAGACGGGAUGUGGGGUGCUCGCUUCCGCGAAUCUGGAGUCAAUGUUCGGGUUGUGGAUGGUCAUAUAAGUCGCGAGCGGGACGCGACAAUGACUAGUAUCAGUACCUACGAUAUUCUACGCGUGCGCACUGAGGCAGAGGCACGGGCGUUCUAUGGUUGUUUUUGGCGGGAUGGGCAUGUAACGAAUACAGAGCGCAACUGGAAGCGUCGAAGGGGUAUUGAGGAGAAUGUUGUAGUAGAUGCGAAGGAGAUCAAUCAAUCUGUGGGGAUGAAAUGUGUGGAUGAGGAACCUUUGGAAGAACAUCCUAGCUCGGGAUGCUUAAGUUUGUUGUCAAGGUUUUGGCGUUAA